CAUGAAGUGAAUCUACUCGGCACAUGGGCUGGUGGAUAUAGUCAAAGAAUAGAACUAGCCCUAAAAUUAAAAGGGAUACAAUAUGAAUUCAUAGAAGAAGAUCUGUUGAACAAGAGUUCUUUGCUUCUGAAUUCAAACCCAGUUCAUCAAAAAAUUCCUGUGCUCAUACAUAAUGGAAAACCAAUUGCAGAAUCGCUAAUCAUUCUCGAAUACAUCGAAGAAACUUGGGAAAAUUAUCCAAUCCUGCCUAAAGAUCACCAUGAUCGAGCCACAGCUCGUUUUUGGGCUAAAUUCGUUGACGAAAAGAGAACAGAUGCAUCACAGAAGAUGUGCUCAGUCGUGCAUUCGAAGUUAGACUUCUUUAGAACGUUCAAUAAAUCUAGAUUUUAUUAUUAGAUCUAGUUUUAGUCUACAAAUUUGGGUGACCCUUGGUGGUUAGUUUAGCCCUAGUCGAUGACUGUAUUUUUACAGCUCUCAUCAUUUUUUCUAGAAUAAUUGACUCAGUAUGUUGAGAAA